GCCGGAGCUAGUGUGGCGAAGUGUGUCUGUGAAAUCUGCCCGUAGCUCAACCCCGCACAGCCUCAAGUGCCCCGGAAAGGAGCAGCUUUUUGACCGAGUCGGAUUUAAAGGCGCUCUCCGACGCUUUCAGAGAUAUGGGCUCAGAGCCACCCAGCUCUCCACAGGUUGUGGAGGACGGAGGAGAGGAGGAUGAGGAGGAGCUGAGUGGAGGGGAGGAGGCAGACCUGCGGUCCAGCUCCGGCCGAGGCUCCCUGCUGACCCGGAGAGGCAUCACCCUGAGGGUUCUGCUGAAGGAUGGCCUGGUGGAGCCGGGAGACGGGGUGCUAUCCAUCCACUACCUGGGUAAGAACUUUAUCGGCGACCUGUUGAAUGAUGGGAAAAUCCGAUGGGUGGAGACGGGCCAGAUCUUCAACUCCCCAAGUGCUUGGGCGACACAUUGCAAACGUCUGGUCAACCCGGCCAAGAAGUCUGGCUGUGGCUGGGCGUCCGUACGCUACCGGGGACAGAAACUGGUCCAGUACAAAACCACCUGGCUGCACAAGUACCAACCCAGCGCAGACAUGAGCCUGGUGAGUGAGGAAGAUGAUGACGAGGACGAAGAGGACGGUAAGACAGCUGUGCAAGCAGAUGAGAAGAACAAGAACACCAAACCUGGACUACAUGAUGUAAUGGUCUCACGAAGAACUGACAGAGAGAGAGUCCCUGUCAGAUAUUGCACCUUGGGCACCAGGGAUGCUGCCAGGGAUCCGCACACACUAGUGGAGCUGUCAGCCUUCUCAGCCAUCAACAGAUUCCAGCCUUUCAAUGUAGCCGUGUCCAGUAAUGUACUGCUGCUAAUGGACUUUCACUGUCACCUGACCACCAGUGAGGUGGUGGGAUACCUCGGAGGACGGUGGGAUACUAAUACACAACUGCUGACAGUCUUAAGGGCUUUCCCCUGUCGGACCAGGCUGGCAGACAGAGAAUCUGCUUCUGCUGUUGAGGAGGAGAUCUGUCAGAACCUGUUCAUGCGUGGGCUGUCGUUGGUGGGCUGGUACCACAGUCACCCGCGAGGUCCAGCUCUACCGUCGCUGCAAGACAUCGACUCCCAGAUGGACCACCAGCUGAGGCUGCAGGGUUCAAACAACGGCUUCCAGCCCUGUCUGGGCAUCAUCUGCGGACCGUAUUAUCACGGCAAUCAAGGUGUAGCAUCCACAAUAACUCCUUUCUGGGUUGUGCCACCACCUGAGCAACGGCCUAAUGACUACGGUAUCCCGGUGGCUGUAGAGGUCACCUACGUACAGGACAACUUCCUCACCAGUGAUGUCCUUAAUGAGAUGAUGCUGCUAGUCGACUACUACAGGGCAGCUCCCGACCUUGUCCAGUUCAGCCAGUAUUGGUGUCCUGAUACGACCAUGAUGGACAAGAUCAAGGGUUCUCUGAGUUGCCAUGCCCCCAAAGACCAGGCCUACUCUCAGAUCUUGGAGCAUGUCUACAGUCAGCUGAGCAACAUGCACUGAGCAGGUCUGCUCUGCAUGCAUGCAUGCAUGUGGCCGCCCUCUAUCUCAAGUCGUUCCAUUUGUGCAGAGCUGACAGGUUCUGGUGUGACAGGCGUACAAUGUAAAACCUGCUUGAAAAACAUGUAGAUGCCUUGAAUUAUCUCAUACGUAAUGUGAUAACAGCAUUAUCACGAGUGCUAAUGAAGGUGCUAAAUCUAUGAUACUGGUCAACUCCAGGAGCUUGUAUUUACCGUUGAUGAAAACAGAAAAAAGAUACGAUGUGAUGGUCCAACAGCGGAUUAGAGAAAAAAAAAAAUCAUACUUAAAU